AUGGUUUACAAACGUAAGGGACCUGGUAUUUUCUGGAGUGGAGAAGAGAAGGAACUUUUCUUUAGAUUGUUGGCUCGAUAUGGAAUGAGCCGACUAGAUGAUAUAGUUCAAGGGAUGGGUGGAAGUAAAGGCCGAUUGGAGAUAAUUCAAUACUAUACAAUUUUAAAGAAGGAUACAGCUUAUAUAAGAAAGAAACUGAAGUUUAAAAGACGUCGGAAAGCCUUGAUAAAGAUGGAAGAUAUUCCAAUUGCUUAUGAGAUGUCUGAAUCAUUUAUAGCCAUGGAAGAAGCUCAAGCACAUUUAAUAAUUGCAUAUGAAGCAACCAAAAUAAGUGAUGAGACAAGACGGUUGAAACUACUUUUACCAAAUCCAAACGUUAGCAUUAUUGACGAGAAGGUAUGUUUCGAGUUGAGUCAAUUGUAUCGAAAUAAUGCCAGAUUUGACUCGGGAAGAACACCUAAGCUUACAACCAAAACGUUACUUAUGCUUGAAGAUUUGGUAAGAUGCUACACUACUCGAUUACUAUUAGCAUUGGCUACCAAGAAAGUGGAAGAAGCAUGUCAAAAUAACCGAUACUUUGAUGUGGAGCAUAAAACUCAAGCUCCUGUUUCGCGUACAGAUGUCUAUGAAGCCAUUAAGCAAGUUACUGGGAGACGAUAUACUUUAGAUCAAUAUUUUAAGCAUUUAUACCAGUUAUUUAGCGAUGACGAGUCGGCUCUGAGUCAAGAGGUUCAAAGUGGAUACAAUGGAGGCCUCAUUCAACCAUUUACAUAUUCAGAUAAAGAUCAACAAGCAGACUACGAUGCUCGGUUAAGGAAGCAACGAGAAGAAACUCAAUCGUCCAUCCACAUUAGUCAGAUUUUACCAAGCAAUGAAGAUUCUGAACGUCUCCAAGUGACUGAAAAUAUUAUUGUUACUGAUAUGGAAGCAAAUAAAGAUGGCAUAAACGAUUCCUUUGAAUUGGAUCAAACGGAUCUACUUAAUUCAAGAAUACAUGAGCAUGCGUUAUUGACAUAUUUUGCUGGUGAAUGGGGUCUGCAAUUAUUGGAUGAAGUUGAUCAGGAAAUGGAACUGGACACAGAGACGGCUGAAGAUGGUAUGAGUGGAGAUGAUAGAAGUUACGAUGAUAAAAGUGACGACAUAACUGGUAACAAUCCUGAUAGGAGUGAAAGUAAUAGUGGAGAAUUGAAUGGGCAAACAACGAUCCCUAUUGAUCCUGCUCUUAUUGGAGAAGUCAGCGAUAAUAGUGUCAGGAAGCCCAGCCAAAGCCCUCUAGAACAUGUACUGCAGUUUCUGAGUACUCUGGGGUCAGAACUUGAAUCAGAUACCGAUUUAAGUGCUACAUAG